AGCGCUGCUGUUUUUGCAGUAUGCGUAACAAUGCUUUGUAGGAGCCGCAGAGGGAGGUGAGCGGGGCGCUGAGCAUCUUCCUAGGAAAAAGAAGCGGCAAUGUUUACUCCAGACAGCUUUCUGGAUGAACAGCUAGCAGUCCCGCCGCCGCCAUGCCGUAGGGUAACCCGCUGGGCGCUUGGAUGAAGCCGAACGGGGACCGCAGCUGGCAGGAAGCCGGGUGGUUGUAACCGAAGGUGGGAGGAUGCACUGGGCUGCUGGCUUCGCCUCCUCCCGGCCGUGCGUGGUGGAACUGGGGCGGAAUCAUAGCCUGCCGCUCGGGCUGUGCGGCUCCGAGCAGCAGCAGUCUUUGUAUGGCUACAUCAUCGCCUUUCCCCUGCAGGACUACGGCGGCAUCAUGUCGGCUCUGGGCUCGGAGUCCUGGUGGAAGAAGACCCUCUACAUCACCGGGGGGGCCCUGCUGGCUGCUGCAGCCUACCUACUGCACGAGCUGCUCGCCAUCAGGAAGGAGCAGGAGUUGGAUUCUAAAGAUGCCAUCAUCCUCCAUCAGUUCUCCAGACCAAAGAACGGCAUCCCCAGCCUCUCCCCCUUCUGCCUCAAAAUAGAGACGUACCUGCGCAUGUUGGAUCUGCCUUACCAGAACUACUUUGACGGGAAGCUGUCGCCGCAGGGAAAGAUGCCGUGGAUCGAGUACAACCAUGAGCAGGUGUCAGGGUCAGAGUUCAUCGUAGACUUUCUGGAGGAGAAACUGGGUGUCAACUUGAACAAGAACUUGACCCCACAAGAAAUAGCCGUGUCCAGAGCAGUCACCAAGAUGGUUGAGGAGCACCUCUACUGGACAAUAGCAUACUGCCAGUGGGUGGACAACGUGGAAGAAACCCAGAAGCUGCUGGCGAUGAACGGUCCUCUGAGCGACACGCUGAAAUGGCUGCUGAGCCACCUGAAUGGCAGCAUGGUGCGCAGAGAGAUGUACGGCCACGGCAUCGGCCGUUUCUCCAAGGAGGAGGUCUACACGCUGAUGGAGAAGGACAUGAGGACGCUGGCCACUCUGCUGGGAGAUAAGAAAUACUUUAUGGGCUCCAAGAUGUCAACGUUAGAUGCCACAGUGUUCGGCCAUCUGGCUCAGGCUAUGUGGACUCUGCCCGGGACCCGGCCAGAGCAACUCAUCAAAGGAGAGCUGAUCAACUUGGCCAUGUUCUGUGAGCGGAUGCGAAGGAAGUUCUGGCCUGAGUGGUUCGUGGAGGUGGAGGACCUUUAUUACGACGGAGACAGUGAGAGCAGUAGUAGCACCCCUGCAGGCCUGCUGGACUUUGGCCUGUUCUCCAGGACUGACACUCUGGAUGACAGUGACAGCAGCCAGUCCACCAGACAGACACACACACCCUCCCCCGAGUCGGAUCACUCGCUUUUUGACUCGGACGUGGGGACGGGCUCCGAAAACGACAUUCAGCUCAAAGAGGAGAUUAUGCCAGACCUGGAGGUUUGAGUUGUGACCGGUAAGAGCGGGAUUUAACAGGGAAGCGGAACAGCGGACGCGGCAGGCAGCUACAGCCAGCUACAACCUGUCCAGAUGACGCUUUGCACAUCUGGAGAAACUAGUCCAGCGUCUCCACUCACUAAUUCCAACUUCCCCCAACAGACUGGGUGUGUAUAUGCAGAGGAUACAAAGUAAACCUCAUAAUAACACGUAUAGCGUACCCGUUCGUCCCCUUCCUUACCAUCCGAACUGUCGCGUUGGCAGUUCCUCUUUGCCUUAUUUGUCUCGUCCUCAGAUCCAGAAGUCACCGGUGCAAAAGUUACACAAACCAAACAUCGGAUCUCAUGAGAAGCGCUGCGACGGAGGAGGAAGUGUUGCAGACGUGACAGGUGGCACUUCACUUGCUACGAGAUGAUGCAACUAAUCACCACCCUGCCAUGUGUCAAAAAUGCGUAAAUCCAUUCCAACAGGUGCAGAUUGAUCAUGUGGCUCAAAAGGGAACAGCUGCCGUGUCUCUGCUGUUUACCAUCCGUGUGCUGAAUAGUAAACACAGACAACAGUGAGUGCCACUUCUCGUCCGUCACAGAUCCUAGUGUCAUUUCCUUUAUGCUGCUGUGUAUUGUUGAAAUCUGAUUAAACACCGGGGAAGGAGGUCUAUGACUUCAUCAUCUCUAACCCAGGUCUAGUCGCAGGUUUAUUGGAUUGAGAGCAGAAGAAAGAAUUUGUGCCUGUAUCAGUUGCCAGAUUUUAUUUUGAGUAAUUAUUUACAUGCACUUUAUGUUUAAGCUUCAAUUUUAUUCAUUUCUUUAUUAUAAUUUCAGCUCAUUUGAUGUGUCAGAGCCAUAUUCGACCACUAGAUGGCGGCCUAAGACAUCCCUUUUGCCCUUCCUUUGCUGUAACACCGAGCAGACUUCGGCAGGAGACACGAGUUAUUUACUGCUACAAAGCAUUUGUCCUUCAUUCCUGACAUUGUAAUUCCUAUUCAUUGGUGACUUGUCAUGCAGCGUGUAGGUGUUGUGUGUGGGUGAAGCGUAACUGCAAACUGAAACUGAGCACACAGCAACAAAUCAGCCUUAGUGCUCAGAAUAUUUAUGAAGUGGUGACAUUAGUCAUUUUCUUUUGUUCUAUCAUAAUUUAUUAACAGUGCCAUUAGAUUUUUUUUCUAAUGAGUUUAUGUUUACAAAUAUAUAUUUUUUAUUAUGCUUUUGUUUUCUUAUUGCUGUCAGAGAUGUAUUAUUUUUGCACUAGUGGAAUUAUUUUUUUCACUUUAUGUUAAAGGAAAAUCUGCUGUGAAGGCCAAAAAGAAAUGCUAUGAUGCAUGUAAUAUGGGAAACUAAAGAGGUCCUAGUAAUGAUGAUUCAGUGAGGGAGGAUGCAUCGCUCCUGUUAGCUGUGUGGAUGUGAAUGUUACCCUGCGUGAAUGUCAUCAGUGAGACAGUUCAUGAAAAGCUCUUUAUGAACUGAGACAAGAUUUCAAACCAAAAGUCGCUGGAUGAGAAGCGUCCGAGUAAAAACAUGGACCAGAAGUAUCUGGGGAGCGUUCAGGUAGAAGAGCUCAACAAGGCAACUUGUUGGAUGUAAAAAUGAUUACACAACAUGAAACUAGUAGUAGACAUGUGGAUACAUUUGUUGCUACCGCUGGUAAAGAUGAGUGAAAAGCCUUAAAAUGAAUUCAUCUUUCCUCGCUUUACCAUCAUUUCACAUUACCAUUUUUUUUCUUCCAGCUGUUAAUUAAAGAUGAGGGGAAAUCCAACAUUGGAAAUAAAUAUUAGUCUUGUCUUGUUAAAUCUAAUGAAGUUGGCAUGAACAGAGAGAUCUUUGGUCUCUUUCAACAAUAUGCCUAGAUGGUCCAUUCUGGGUUUUAUUUUUUUUUCUAUUUCCCAUUACAGUCCAGCAGAUUGUCAUGUAAAAUCUCCCGAUAUUUUAAUGACUUGACGUUGCCUGGCACUCUUAACAAGAUUCCCAGGCCCUUUGGAAGACAAGCAGACUCAGCAUCACAUGUCCUCUACCGUACCUAAUAAUGGGCUUGAGAUCGUUGUCUGCAUUUCUUUUUAUCCUGCAUUUAUGCCAGAAAUAAACAAGUGACUUAUUAUUUUAUGCUGAAAAGAUCAGUCAUCGUCUUGUCUGACAGAAAACACAACGCUUCAGAGUGUUUUAGUAGUACUACUGAAGUUAAGUAAACCAUAUGUUUAUAUUUGUGAUGGUUGGACAAGGUUUUUUUUUUUUGGGCUUAAAGCAACAGAUUCCUGUGUCAAAUCACAUGGACAUCCCAGGAAAACAGAAAGUUCUGGACUAUUAAGAAGUUCCUAGAAAGUCAACGAAACAACUAAAAAUAAAUCUAUUUUAAAAAGCUUCAGCUACAUUUAUGUCAAAAGGAUUGUUAGGGGCUCCCACAAGUUUGAUUUUAAUAAACACAAUUACAUUUUUAAUUGGACUAUCCUGACUUUUUUCUGUGUAAAAUUAUUCCACUGCAAUACAAUAAUUAAUUUUAGGGCUGUUCACACAUCUUUACCACUGUUUACCAAUAAAUAUGUACACUUCUGUAUUUAAAAUCGGUCAAACUGGAGAAUACAUUUCCCACACAUAGUGGUUUAUAGACCUCCAUAAAACAAAUGAGAUGAGUGGAAUUUUAUUUGUCACUUCUUUUUUACACCUUCUGCUGCUCUGAAUUGUCUGGAACAGUCGUCACCAGAUGAAUGAUUUCUCAGAGUAACGCUGUUACAAAAAGUGAGAAGCUUGUAUAUUGGGUUAAAAAAAAAAAGGCAAAGAAAAAUAACUCUUUCUGAAAUGACAAGUUUGUCAAAAGCUAUCUGCAUAUCACUUCUUUUUUUUUUUUUUUCCAGUGACACGACCUCUCUGUUUUGUUUUGGUUCAGUAUCACUGCUCUCAUUAGCAUCCCUCCUAGAAGCAGCAGGCCGCUCAUUCAGCAGAGGGAAAACCGAAACCCCAUGUACGAUGGUUGCUCCAAAACAAAUGACUCGCCAAUUAAGCCGGUGCCUGGCUGGUAAAGCGCACCAACUGAGCGUUUGGCAACCAAACAGGAAGAUGCGCUGCUCGAGGUUUCUGUACAAAACUGGAAAUAAUUAGAAAGUUAGCGUUAACCCUAUGGCCCCCCCCCUCCGCCGAAGCAAGGGGCCAUUUACCGACGUGAAGGUUCUUAAAAAGUUUCAAAUGUGCUUAAAUUUGCGGCAUCACGUGGCGGCUGGUUGGAGCGGCGACCCGCAUACAGAAACCACAAACCUCGACUCGUCCGUCCCGAGCUCGACCCCCGUUCUUGGUUUUCUGCCAAUAAUCGUGAUACUUACCAAAAAAAAAGUGCUAAAAUUUGUGGCGUCGCGUGCGCAGUGGUGUGAUUAGAGCGAGCGCACAGAGCCCCACGCCUCGUCUCGAACUUGGUUCCUACCCCCAUAAUCCCUGCCCCAUUACGGUGGAAUAAGGGCGGUUAAAUGUUUUACAAAAAAGCUGCUAAAAUGUCAUUGUUUCAACGUUUUAAAGUCCUUUUUCGCUGGAUAAAGGAACGACUGAAAUGACGUGUUUUCUCUGGCUGUUUGGACCAUAAAUUAAUGUAGAGCUGGCCCAACGCCACCAGACUGCACACUGCCAGUUAGCUGGUUGAAAAGAAGGUACGAAUAUUUCUAUACCCCAAAAGAGACAAAUUAUGGUUCUAAAAAUACUUGAAGCGUUUUCUUUUUUUUAAAACUAGAUCACGUACUCAUAUUUCCGUUUAAAACAGUUGUGUAAAUGACAUAUAACAAAAUUCCACUCAUCUUCAUUGGUCUGCGACAGAAAUGGUCAGUUUUAGUAGCUGGGCACUGAAAUUAAUUAUUUUUUCAUGUCACCGGACCUUUAAAUAGCCUGAAGGCUGGCUAGGUAUUCGAAUGGCUUUAGCUCAGAGCUCGGUUCUUGGACUUUAAGGUUCUGUUUCCUACAUGUUGUCUUGUCUGACCUGAUCAAUCCAGUCACCACAAACCGUACAGUUAGACAGAUUUAAUCAAGCCAUAUUAAAACUAGAUGUCUUGUUUUUGGAGAAAUGUCAUAGCAAUUAAUGCCGGUGUAAUGUAAAUAUUGUGUGACAAUGUGUAUCCUGCUGUAUGUCUGACUGACUCAUCCAACUACCUGUGGCUGUGCAGUCAUAAAGAGUGGGGCGACUGGAGGAUUUCAAUAAAGCCUAGCUGUGACAAUUUUAAA